UGCACGUUGAGUGUUGACAUUCAUUAUAUUUAAAUUUAAUUAAAAUCUUAUAAAUGCUAAGCUUUAGGCAAUCUCUUACUUUCAGUAUAAACGGUAUAGUCAAGUACUUCAUUCGGCCGAUGUCUGCCCAUAGUAGCAAAUGCCAACUGAACCACGACACUUUCCCACAUGUUAAAGCCAAAGACGCGGCUAAACGAAUAGUAUGGAUAGACUUAGAGAUGACAGGGCUGAACAUCGAGAAGGACUAUAUCAUGGAGAUUGGCUGCUUAGUGACCGACGCUCAGCUGAAUGUGGUGGCAACGGGGCCCAAUAUUGUCAUUCAUCAGCCCGACCAUGUCUUGAAGAGCAUGGAUGAGUGGUGUGUCAAUCAACAUGGUGAGAGUGGCCUGACUGAGUCCUGCCGCAAAUCCAAAGUAUCAAUCGAAGACGCCGAAAAGCAGAUACUACAAUUCAUUAGCUCCCAUGUACCUGAGAAAAAAUGCCCGCUGGCCGGCAACAGUGUUUACAUGGACCGUCUGUUUAUACGCAAAUACAUGCCACAGUUCAACCAGUAUUUACAUUAUAGAGUAAUUGAUGUUAGUACGAUUAAAGAACUCGCUAAACGUUGGUACCAGAAGGACUUCUCUAACAUUCCUCAGAAGAAGUUUUCGCAUCGUGCUGUGGACGAUAUUCUGGAGAGUAUUGAGGAGUUGAAGUAUUAUAAAGAACAUAUAUUUAAAUCAUGAAUGCAUUGUGCGUUUUAGCAAAAAAAAAUGUUUAGAUUAAUUUGACAUUUAAUACAAUAUUUUCAUGUGUCUCAUGGAUGUUUGAUCAUUAUAAUUUAUUACUAUAAUAACUUCUUUUUGGAGAGACGAGCUAGUGAACUUCGACAGAUACUGGUGGAGAACAGCACAGGAUAGGAAGGAAUGGGAAAAACUGAGGGAGGCCUUUUCCGCACAUGCGACAUGCAAAUAAUAAAUCACACGACAAAAAUAAAAUAAUAAUAAAAUACGUGAGUGACCCGUUAUUAAUAUAUUUAAUUUGUCUGUGUCUCACGGACGUUUUGUUAAUAAACCAAUAAUAAUUGUAAUUUUAUGUAAUUGUAAAAAAAGAAGCAUGAAAUAAAGGCUAUUAAUAUUAUUACUAUUA